AUGAUUUUACUCCAACCCAUUGAAUAUAAUGCUGUAGGAGAAAAAAUUAUACUUGUUGAUGGCAAGAAAGUAUUGGAAUCUGUUUUGAUGGAGAGACCAAAAUUAGCCAAGAUUUCAAGCAUGGGU